CGGAAGUCCCGCCCCGGAAGCGGUGCCCCGCGGGGUGAUGGCGGCGCUCGGGCGGCCCUGGUCUGUGCGGCUGCUGGUUGCAUUGCGGCCACUGCCCGCACGCCGGCCCUUGUACGACGCGGCUCCGCCACGGGACGUGCUGCUCUUCGAGCACGAACGGGGCCGCUUCUUCGCCGUCCUCGGGCUCUUCUGCGCGGGCCAGGGCGUCUUCUGGGCCUCCCUGGCCGUGGCAGCCUUGGCCCGACCCCCGGCCCGGGCGCUGCGUCCAGACGCGGAGCCCGCAGACCACGGCCGCUUGGACCUGCGCUCCGCGCUCUGGCGCUACGGCCUGGCCAUCGGCUGCGGCGCCAUCGGUACUCUGGUACUUGGUGCUGGUCUUCUCUUCUCCCUCCGUUCUGUGCGCUCAGUGAUGCUGCGGGCUGGAGGGAAACAGGUGACCCUCACCACUCAUGCCCCCUUUGGCUUGGGUGCUCAUUGCACCGUCCCCUUGAACCAGGUAUCUUGCAUGGCCCACCGUGGUGAAGUCCCUGCUGUGUUGCCUCUGAAGGUCAAAGGCCGGCGCUUCUACUUCCUCUUGGACAAAGCUGGACACUUCCCCAACACAAAACUCUUUGACAGCACGGUGGGUGCCUACCGCAGCUUGUGAGGAAACCACCUGGGGUCGCUCACCGCUCCCAGAAGGGGAAAAAACUGAACCUUACUGAGGGGGUAACCUCCAAGGUCACAACCCAAGGGGCCCAAGGUUCAUGAACAGCAAAUAAAAGAGCAGUCACCCCAA